GAGCUGCGCCAGACUGCGGGGCGAGGUCUGACUUGCUAGUUCGUUCGUUCGUAUACCAACACAAUAUACUAAAGGAAUGUGUAUAAACGUAUAGAGCUAUUUCUUGAUUUACAGUCAUAUCUUGUCCCUCUAUCAACAGCUUUGCAAGUGCAGAAACGUCACCGCAAGUCUCCUUUCUGUUCUCUCUGAGAGUGACUGGAAGCCGUACGUUACCUCUUACUCGAGUGAUUCCCUUCCUCUGUGACAAUACGAACUCGUGGCUUAUUUUCUCAUGUUUAUAUUGUAUAUUUCAACGCAACGAUGAGAGGAAGGAAAUGAAACAAGACUGGAAAAGUGAGAGAUAAAUUUCCACACUCCUAGUCAGUGUCUUAUGGAAAAUGGACGGAAUCUGAAAUGCAGAACAUGUGAGAUGAGCAAGACCAUGCGGAAGGGUGACUGUGAACUAAUGGUGCUUCUAAAAUUGUGACGAGAGAGCGCCAGCUGAUGACUGAGUCGGCCAGCGUGUGUUCUUAUUGAUCCUGAGAUGGUGACUUGAGAGGGCGCGCCACUGAUCGAUUCGUAACAAUGGGGUCACAACACAAUUGCAAGGCAAGGGGAUGCCCGAAUUGCCAUGAGGCGGACGCUGCUGGGGGAAGUCCCGGGGGUGUAAUGGACUGGGGAUUCCCCUCGAAUCUCCCCGAGUCCCGGCUGCUGCGCCUUCUGCUACUGCUCCUCAUCCUAGUCAUGGCAGUACGCUGCGAGGGAUGCAAGGUGGACAGAUGUUCACGAGAAUAUGAAAGGGCGAUGGAUGAACGAGAUAUACCGAAUCCAGAGCCGUCAGCAGAGUUCUGCCAAAUUGCGAGAGAUUACGGAGCCUGUCUAAGAGGAACUGCACGGUCUUGCCGGGGUAACCUCAACUACCACUCUACCAUGAGCACGCUGGGACGGUUAGCUAAUGAGUUUAACUGCCCUCGACUCUUGACUAACAGCACAUCCGCGGGGCACGUCCCAUUGCCGUCGUCUAGUGCGGCACCUCCACGAACCUCUAGCACGCCUGCCCCAAAACGAGAGUGUACUUAUCAGGGCAGACAUCGAUUCAGGCAUUGUGGGUUGUUCGGAGAUCCGCAUCUUAAGACAUUCAAAAACCAAUACCAGACGUGUCGGGUUCGCGGCGCAUGGCCCCUCAUCGACAAUCCCUACCUUGGUGUUCAAGUGACUAACGAGCCCGUCGUCGAGGGAUCUCCUGCAACAGCAACUACUAAGGUGACAAUAAUAAUUCGUGGUCGCAGCACGCCUUGCGCAGAUGAGAAGACAUACGAGGCUACUUCGGAUGCUCCUCUGCCGGCCAUGUUCAUCGAUGGUACCCAGCGGUCAGGGCCCGAAGAAGGUGUCACCCUGACUGUGCACGAACAGCAGCGGAUCGAAAUCUAUGUGCGGUAUAUAGAAACGACGCUGAUAGUGCGCCAGGCUGGCCGUUACCUGGCCUUUUCAGCUCGUAUGCCAGAGGAACUCGUCAGCUUCGGCAGCGGUGUCGAUGGAGAUUUCGGUGACAGUAGUCUCCAGUUAUGUGUGCGUGGGUGUCCGGCGUCUGAACGGCUUGAUCCCAUCGCCGAAAGAGGCCACAAGCUACCUUGGGACAAAGCCAUGGAGCGCUGUCGUAGGUCUGAUAGCAACGAAGUCACCAACAAUCUUACCGACCAUUAUCUUGACUGGUGUGUGUUCGAUGUCAUGACGACAGGAGAUGGAGCCGUAGCGAAUGAUUUCACAGCAGCUGCUCAUUCAGCACAAGCUGAUGUCUUCAGACUUGAUCCGCAGUCGCUCAAGAAUAAGACCACGUCAUAUAGAGAGCAGAAUCCAUAUUCCUCCCAUACGUCUUUCCCAGGAUGUCCUAGUAUAUUAGUUGUGCUUCUUGUAGUAGCAUUACAGUGGGCAUGAGUUACUCCAUAAUGGUGUAAUGCACCAUGGGUUGAAAACUUAGUGCAACGUGUAGUGGGGAGCCGGGUAUAUCGUCACCAAUCGAGAUCACAUGCGAAGCAAAUGGAGGAGUUCAGUCAAAAAGAAAAUAGAAAGCAGCCUUUCAAAAUUGAUAAAAGUGAGACAUAAGCACAUUUAUCUAUCCACCUUUUGGUAGCAAGAGAGGCAAUGAAAUUAAAAGUAUAUAAAUGGUGCAAGUAGAACAAGAGUGGUAUUCCACUGAAGGGCCCAUUAUUAUUUGUUUUUCAUAUAAUUGUAGUUCAAGAAAAUAAAUUAUAAUUACAGAAACUCUCCACCCUUCAAAAUCUUAAAGAUUAAAUUGCUCAUUCGCUCUCCAGCAUGAAAUUUCUGUCAUAAAAUGGAAUUUCCUCCAGACAUUCCCUAAUUUGAUUAUAGAAUGACCAUGAGGAUGACAUGAGCAUGUUUUACUGGCCCAGCAUAAGGGAGAUAUCACCACUGUACAGAAACAGUGCCGCUACUGACGAUUCCAAACCCUACAAAGUAACGUACGGCUUGUUUCUGCAACAACUGUGAUCUCAGAGAAGAACAAACUGGAUUGCCAUCCUUGCUUUCAGUUCAUGUAAUGACUUUCUGAAAGACUAACGCAUCUCAUUUGACAGAUAUUUAAACUUACACAUCUUAAAUCAUUCAGUCUCCGUGAUAAACUUCCAGCUCAUCUGCCUGCCAUUUAUAUGAAUGUAUAUGUACAUGUUGUAAAACCAGUGCUUGAUAUGUGAAAAGAGACAUACACAGAUUCUGUCUUGUAGCAAAUGGAAUGUACCAUUGAUUGAUUGGCGCUAUGUCACAUCCAUGAGACUGUUUUAUGCAAAUGUGUAUAUAUUUGUGGACCUGAGGUUCUCAUUGUCAGCAGCUGAUUGUGUAUAUUACUUGUCUGUGACGUGACGCAUUGUAGGUUGGCAGAGGUGGCUAGCUACAAAAGUACACGGUGUCACAUCACAGGAAAAAAGAAAUCUUUGUAUAUAGGUAUUCCUAUCAAGAUUCCCUCCUCCAUUGGGAUGUGUAGGUUGUUCCUAUGCAUUAUCAUACAGAUGCAUGAUUUUCUGUCAGAAACACAGUCAGUUUUCUAGACAGUGCAGCUGUGCAAUGAACUUGUGUGUUUUGGUCAUCCACAUUUGAUGAGGAGCUGGGAGGGGAAGGGGUUCACUGUAGUUGAAGACAGUUUAAAUUUGUGGAGUUUGACAGACACAGUCACAAAUUAAGCACUGGAUCAAAUCAUUCACAGCCCAUUCAUUCGCUAGGUAUGUAUAUGCUGUAAAUAAUGGUAUAUCAAAGAAGUAUUGCAUUGUAUUAUUUGAAUAGCUACAUUAAAAAUUAUAUACGGUGUAUAUGCAUGCAUGGUUGUUGCGGUGCCAGUUUAUAGUGUUGUAUAGCAGGAGAUCGAAAGUUAUUUUUUCAGUGCUUCCAGCCAGGUGAUUUUGUGAUUGCAAGAGAUUCAGUAGAUAGCAUAUGGACACUGGAAUUCAGAGUUAGCUUUUCAUCAAACAUUUGGAAUGUGUGUACUUGGGUUCAUGAGUAUAUGUGUGUGCAUGCUCGCGUGCGCAAUAUUACUGGAAUACCUUCUGAUUACUUCAAACCUACAGAAACAUUUUCCUGUAUAGGCAGUCUAACUUCCAUUUUGUACUUUGUAAGUAGAGGAAGGUAUUCUAAUAUAAAUUGGACUGAAAGAUAUUUUUAUAUUAUCCCAAUCCAACUGUAAGAUUCAGAGAUAUGAUGGUACAGGAAGAGACAAAUAUUUGUACCAUUUUAUCCCACACUGCAGUAUCUUCCGUGCAAAGCCAUUACAACUCAUGAAAAAGAUGCUGGCACUGGUAAAAUGUAUUUCAGACUUCAUCAUCCAUUUGGUCAUUACUUCUGUAGAGGGGUUGUUUGUGCAUAAGAUGUCAAUUGUACAUCACACCAUGCUGUAAAGACUGUUGAGAUGGGCGAUAGAUGUCAUGUUUUUGUGAGAAUCGUUAAGACAAGCAACCAACACCUUAUUUGCUGUAUUACAACUAUUGAGGUUUAUGGUUUGAAAUAACCUUUGUUAUACAAAAUUUUGCUAGUUAAGUAUAUUAACUAUAUCUUCUAAAAAUAAUAUGGAGAGUGUGAGGGUUUAACAAUUCUAGUAGCUAAUGAUAAAUUUAUAAUUAAAUUAAGAGCAUUUAUUAGUCAAUAAAUGCAAAAACUAGCUGUGCGGCCACUCACAACUCACAGCUUAAUUCAGAACCAGAAUCACGGACAACUAUGUGAGCUAAAAGUAUGAUAAUUUUGAGAGUAUUAUUCCUGCUUAAAGUUUAACCAAGGUACAUAUGUGUGCACUGUAUUUGCAAGUUGUGACCAUGAAAGGACGAAGUUCGCUUCAGUACUGGAUAGUUAUUUUACAAGUUUUGUAAAAUAAAUUGAAAUCCCAAAUUUAAAGAUGUAGUUGAUUUAAGCCAGUGGUUUUCAACGUUUAUCAGACCGUAGCCCGGUAAAUUCUUGUUUCUAAAAGAUGAGGGCCUGGCGGUUGAGAAACACUGAUUUGAACUUUACAAUUGAAGAUGACUUCAAAAAUCUGUAAUUGUGGGAAAUUUGCAUGUAAAUAUUUUAAAUUGUAUGCUUCCAGAAAUGUGAAGGUCCACCUACCCCUGCUCUAAGAGAAUCUGAGCUUGCAAAUUCUUAUAGUGUCUGAAUAGAAUAAAAUUCACUUCAGAUUGUUUAUUUGUGAAACUGAUUGAUAAAUCACAAUGUAUAUGAAUAUAGUGGAUGCAGAGAUAAAACUGAAACCAUUCUCAGAUGUUAGGACAAAAUGGAAAUGAUUUUGAGCAUCAUAUUGGAGCCACCUCAGGUCUCUGAUUCUUAAUAUAUCAGUUGGGGUCAAUGUCAGGGGAUUAAACUUGAACCACUGUCUUACCACAGCUCACAGAAUGAAACACCUACCCAAAUUAAAGUGUAUGUUGUCAUGUCAUGGCAAGAAAAAAAAGAAUUUUGGACAUAGGAUUGGUACUAUUACAUUUGGCCGCACCGUUCAGACAUUUCUCGGUUCUUAGUGUGAGAGGAAGAACCAUCAGUAAUUAUACGGCAGAGCAACUCUUGUAUUAAUAAUGUGCAUAAAACUCUUGUGUACUAUAGAUAAGUGAUAUCAGCUAGGAAAAGACUUGACUUUUCCUUCAUUGGUAUUUACAGAGCUAAACACCGCAACUUAUCAUCAAUAUAUGUAGAGCUCAAAGUUUCCCUUGUUGAUAAAGGACAGCUUAUCAGUUAAUUUGAAGAUGUAAGUUGGGUGUGUGAUAUGUGUAUUCUUCUUGACAUAUCUGUGGGCAUUUGAGUGACCUGUACAACAGUGUAUCAGCCUUCCAAAUGAUUAUCAUUAUUUCAUUCUCAGCAUUAAAAAAAUAAUACUUGUCAUUUUCCAAACUAUCAAAAAAUAUUUCGGCAAUACAAGACUAUUUUCUAACCCUUUUGAAGAACCAUGAGCUGAUGCUGAAGCUACUGUACUACACUAACUGACACGAUGGACCUAGUUCUAAAUUCAGAGAACUGUAUUUCCUGUAACAUUUGUAAAUGUCUUCCUAAAGACAAAAUAUUUUAAUCUGUGGCAGAGGGCAGCUUUUUUUGUAAGCUGAAAGUAGUUACAUUUUUGUAAACAAGCUUUCUCUGAGAAGCUAAAUAAAUUUGCACAAUAGGACUGGCUUUCAGAUAAAAAUCUCAUGCCAGUCCUACUUACCAAGAGAAUCACACCUGCCAUAAAUUGCUUGAUGUGUCCAGUGCUGGCCCAACAGCCACAUUAGUAAAUUGUUAUAUUUUAAUUGCUUAUAAACAUUGUAACGUUUUAUUUACAUUUUGUUUUCUAAAGCAAAGUUCUAUAGAAGGAAAAUUAAAAAAAAAUUGGCUUUUCAACAGACACGGUUUCAGUGUUGGGUUACUAUUUAUAACAAACUCUAAUUUGGCUAUUCUUUGUGAAGUCCAUACUUCUGCAGCCCACAGAUGAAGGGCAGUUUUGAAAUGUGGCCAUUUGAAAAGAGGCUAUGCAUCACUAGAUUAAAAUAUCAAGAAUAAUAUUUGACCAACUAGAAACCAGAUGCCAUUAGUACAUCAGACUGUUUUCUUUUCCCAGUGAAACACUCCAGUACUUUGGAGCUGUAUCCUCAUUAGACAUACUGGUACUGAGAAGUCAUUAUUUCCAUCACUGAAAAGCCCCAGUAUUAAGCACAUUAUUUUUCUUACAGGAUUUGAGGUUCUCACACGGUAGUUAUGAAGAGUUCUGUUAUCUGGGAUAUAAUGCUGUGUAAUUCAUUGAAAGUCGACCUACAUUUCAGAGGUGACAUGUUCCUCUGAAACGUCAGUUGAUUUUCGACAUACUCAGCAUUAUGUCCCAGAAGAGAGAACUCACUGAAAUGUCUAAUUUCCUCAGAGAUAUCAAAGUAUUCUUUCCUCAAUAAAACACCCACAAAUUAUGUCAUCACUGACCCUUGCUUGAAAACUCUAAUAAUGGGAACUUUUUUUUUUUCAAAUUCAUAUCUUGUUGACUGUUUUCUCCUCACUGAAAUAUCCCAUUAUUUUCUCAUUGAAAUGCUGGGAUGUACAUUCUGUCACUUGAACUAGCAACUUUGGGAAUUGCUGGUGUAGAAGUCACUACUUGAGCUGACUGGAGAUUUUGUUAAUUCCUUCAACACGUUACCUUUUUAUGAUUAUAUGACACAGAGUAUGUUGGUCAGAUUAAAUGUUUCCCACACCUCUGCUGUAGCAGGGGAUGAUGCGGUAUUUACAGCAAACAGUUCAGUGUCCUUUGCAACUCCUUUGAACAAUUAUUUUAACGUUAAGAUGUAAGAUUGAGAUCAUGUGCCGUUCCUUGUUUCCUUGUUAAAGAACUCAAAAUGCACGGAUGAAUAUGGCACUUUAUUUGAAUCAGUAAUUGUUAUGAACUUACUAUUUGACCUUUCAGGAGAUGAGGAUCUGUUUACAUUCUUAAUAGUUUGCAAAAGGCUGAUGAAAUAUCAGCUGUGUAGAAAAACACCGACCAUGAAAAGGAUGAGCCCACAGACUUUCCUAACGAAUCCAGGAAACUGCAGGAUUGGCUAGGGAGGUUACUUACCUAUAUGUGGUAUGAAAAGUAUGUACUGUAUUACUUGAUAACUUUACUCUGAAGAAAACUUGUAUUUCUUUUUUUAAGAGGGCUGCUUAUUUUCAUAAAUAAAAAGGGAUUUAAAUAGCAAAGAGACUGUGCAAUAUUGAAAGCCACUGUUCAUGUUUACAGAUGGAAGAUCCUGAAGUGUCAUUCAGUAGGACAAGUUCUCCCAAGGUUUGUUGUGUGCGUUCUGUUACUGAUGUUAAUUGUGUUUUCUGUAAGUGUGAACAAAGUGAUUUUGUUGUAAAAAUAGUUGUACAUUUUAUUUAUGAAAAGAACAUUGUGAUGUAUAGGAAAUAAUACGGUUGGUUAACCAAAUACAAAUAUAAUAUGAUAUAAAGGGAGCGUUAGUUUUUU